UCCACAGGGCAGCACUCGGGCUGAUACACACAGAGAAGACUACUUUACAAGUCCGAAGUUUGUUGCCAAAGAACUUUAAAACGUCUGUAUCGUCCUGACUGUGAACAGACAGCGGCCGCGCACUUGGAUUUAUUUUAAAAGAGCGAAUUUGGAGAAACAUUGAAGGUGCUUCACUUCCAGACAGACUGACCUCAUCGCAGCUCUCUGAACCGCUCUUUGACUCCACCUUUUCCUUCUCCUGUCUGUGUGGUGCCCAGUGCUCCCCAAGCUGCCUAGAGAACUGGCACAGCGCCAUGGUAACUUACAGCAAGUUUGACACCGCAAUGAGCAGCAGCCUCUUGGACUCCAGUAUGCGGCUGCCUCAACGUUACAAGACUUUCACCUCCAAGACGCAGUACCAGAUGGUCCUCGCCACGCUCCACAAGCUCAAGGAGAGCGGCUUCUACUGGGCCACCAUCACUGGUAAGGAGGCCAACGCCAUGCUGGCGGCCCAGACCAACGGCACGUUCCUCGUCAGGGACAGCUCCGACAACCGACACCUGUUUGCCCUCAGCAUCAAGACGGCGUCGGGCACCAAGAACCUGCGCAUCCAAUGUGACACUUCCUCUUUUUACCUCCAGACAGACCCUAAGAACAUUCACUCUGUUCCCCACUUUGACUGCGUCCUCAAGCUGGUCCAUUUCUACAUGCCUCAGAGCAAAGCGAACACUCGCAGUGGGAAUAUGUACUACAUUUACUCUGGAGGGGAGAAGAUCCCUCUGGAGCUCGUCAAACCUCUCUCAUGUAGCUUUUCCACUUUGCAGCACUUGUGCAGGAAAACAGUCAAUGGACAUUUGGACAUUUCUACUAAAAGAGACCAACUCCCUCAUCCUCUUAAGGAGUUCCUCCAAGACUAUGAUGCUCCUAUCUAGAGGCGUCUGACUGAUGCUCUUGAAGGGGCAAAGACUUAAAAGAAACUGGAUGUGUUUCAGAGCGGCUAACGGUCAAAGACACACGCUGUGUCCGAGGAGUAUCAAUCGAAGCAGCUUCGAGAGCUAGAUCGAGCUUGUGAAAAGGAGCAGUUUAUUGUGCUGACAAGACGUGUGUAGGUCUCUCGGGAAAAGUGGGCAUCGGUGUCUUUAAGGUCCAUGUUUCAGGAAGAGACUCUGGAUCAGGGACUAAUCCACAAAGAGAGGCCGAGAGAAAGAGAGCACUGCUGUGAUCUGGUAGUGUGAAAGAGAGAGAGAACCACCGCAGCCCUCCCCUGCCUCACUGAUGACAUGCAACUUACUGAAAACUGAAGUGAGAGUCACAGUCAGCUGUCUAAAGUCCGAUGACACACAGGUUCCCUCCGCUGCUGCUAACCAAAUGAGCUGUGAGUCUGUCGGGCUCACACACACACACACAGACACACAUCAGCCUCAGAGAAAUCAUCCAUCCAUUAAAGCCGGUCAGGCUGGCUUUUUUUGCUGACCUCCGAUGAUAAUCUUGGACGUAUCGCACACGUCCUUCCAGCAUCCUGGGAAAUUGACAGACAAUGGAAAGUUAGAGUGCAAACCAGUGGACACUGAUGGCCUCCUGGGUGCAUAUUUGUACCAGCCACGAUGGAAAAACUGAAAAAAAAAAAUAUCUGACUUUUAUAAGAUGUUUUUAAGACCAGAAAAUAAAGAAGACAUGUUUCUGAUAUUUUGUUUAGAGGAAGGGUUCUCGCCAAAACUUGCCUGAACUAGGGAGCAGCUUGUUGAAACAUGAAUGAAUCCUAGAGGAUCUUACUUGAGAGAACAGUACCACUGCUUAAUAUGCCUUCAGUGGUGAGGAAAUACAUAUAUCAAUAUGCCAAAAGAUGUGGUAGUAUUUGUGGCACAGAAAGGAUUGCCAUCACUUGCAAAAUGAAUGUAUUAAACAUGGUACCUGUAUUUUCCCAAUAAGGAGAAGAGUUAAAAUGUGUCUUAUUUUCAUGAGGUUACAUGAGUGAAGAUGUUUUUGUGCUGUCUUUUAUAAAGAUGUACUUUCUACCAGCCAAACUACUGGCUGUGGACGCUUGAAGAAAUGUGUUUGACGAAGCAAGCAGACUGAUACGACUUUGCACUUAUUUAUAUUUGUAUGAACAUUUCAUUAAUUUAUAAUAAAAGGGCACUAUUUUUCUAUGAAA